CUGUCAGACGAUGACGUCACCCUGUGUUAGACGGACAGCUGAAAGGCAGAGACUUCUUGUUGACGUUUUGCUUUGCUCGCGUUUGUUUGGAUUAUUUUUUUUUUUGGGGGACGUUUCACCAGCAUUCUCAGCAGAUCCAGAAGCUCGUACCGUCACGCCUCAGUUCGGGGAUCCUGCAAAGAUGAAAUGGAUGUUUAAAGAGGACCAUUCCCUCGAGCACCGAUGUGUGGAGUCAGCCAAAAUACGCAACAAAUACCCGGACAGAGUACCGGUGAUCGUGGAGAAGGUCUCCGGCUCUCAGAUAGUCGACAUCGAUAAGAGGAAGUACCUGGUGCCUUCGGACAUCACCGUGGCCCAGUUUAUGUGGAUCAUCAGGAAACGCAUCCAGCUGCCUUCGGAGAAAGCCAUCUUCCUCUUCGUAGACAAAACAGUCCCCCAGUCCAGUCUGACGAUGGGCCAGCUGUACGACAAGGAGAAGGACGAGGACGGCUUUCUGUACGUGGCGUACAGCGGAGAAAACACGUUUGGUUAACGCCUCACCGAGCAUCCAGCCUUCUCCCUCACACACACACACACACACACCCCAACACGGAGGGGGGCCUGACAGCAACACGGGCCUUCACUUGUGUAACGCCCACACACACUUCAGUUUUUGAUACUGAAAUAUAUAAAUUUAUUGGGUUAAACAAAAACAAAAUGCUCCAUUGUUUUGGGUCUGGUUUGGAUGAUUAGACACAGAAAAUACUCGACUGUUAAGGACAGAAAAGUCUGAAACACUGCCGUUAAAUCCAAUACACACAUCACAGACGCACUUGAAUGAGACUAAAAGAGGAAAAAUAGUAUAUAAAACCAGGAAAACAACCUCCAUCCUCCCUCCCAUGUUUUCUUUGUUUCUGUUCUUUGUGUUCAUCCAAAGCAAGAAAGAAACUGUGAUCUUUAAAGCUCAAGCUCGGCUCUUUAGACUCAAGUGGCUUGAUGGCUGGUGAGUCCAGAACACGGUGGAGUGAAACAGGUGUCAGUGCUCCCUCAGUUUGGCUGGUUUAUAUUUGCACAUUGUGAUUGCUGAUUCAGGAUCCAGAGCGCAUGAGGAUUUAAACUUUACUUGAAGCUAACUGUGCUGAACUGUGAUAUUUAUCUGCCGGCAGGAAGAAAGCAUAUUAUUCUGCAGAAUCUCAGUAAUUUAAGACACGGCAGAAAAGCGAAGAAACAGUAAUAAUGAUAAAUGCUACUUUUAUUCUUGCUACAUACAAGCAAAGAGAGGGCGAGGUUAGCUACUGUUCCCUUCUGAUUCGUUUUUGGAUCUUUGUGCACCAUUAGAUUAUGAAUCCAUCAUUUAUUUGGAAGAAUUUUAAUGAAGUGUCUCAGAAUAUGUAGGAUAAAAAAUGGAAGACUCAGAUUUGCUUUCAAUUUUCUUUUGUUAAACAUUAGUUUUAUUUAGUUUUUUUUUUUUUUUUUGCAUGCAUCAGUCUGACAAAAGUUUGUUUUUCGCAGCUAGUAUUUGUUGAGCACUUUAAAUUAUUAUAGGUACAUUCAUUCUAAUAACAAAGUUUACUUUUUCUUUGUGGCGCUCAAGUUUUAAAGGUGUGACAUUGUAGAACAUCUGGAUGUGAAAAUCAAGAAGUUUGAUGAAAACCUCUGUUUGCUGGCUGCGUCUUUUCUGUGAAAACUAAAACUGUUGGUCAGGAGUUUAAAAGAACUCAUUACCAGCAUGAUUAUCAAACUAAUGUUGUGAAUUUAAUGCUUUUUUUCAUGAUGUACAUCUCUAAUAAUUUUUUAAAAAGGUGGAAAAUUUGACUUUUUAAGCGUUUUUCCUCAUUAGGUCAGAAUUAUUGGUGCAGGUUCAAUCAUUUAUUUAUUUCUCAUAAGAAAGAUUGAAAAUGUAUUUUGUUUGCCAGCCAUGAUCAUUAAAGCAACAGAAAUAAACAUUUAAAAUGUAUCACUAAAUGGCAGUAGAUUUUUUUUGUUGUUGGAUAUUUUAAUUAAUUAAAACAGAUCACUAACUAGGCACCAGCAAAGUUAAUUGGCUUUACAUUUACCUUGUUAUUGUUUGACACUAUAAAAUGAUCUCUGGGUACCGAUAACUGCAACCCAAGAACCACCAGCGGUACCGUUGUGGUCACAGCUUGAAGCCUGAUACGAUUCUGUAGUAGACAUAUUAAAAAAGGAACCGCUCUGAACCGGAUGAGAAAAGGACAUUUUGAAGCAGAAGAAAACAAAUUUGUGACCUAAAAUCUAAAACUGAUGAGAAAAGGUUCAAACAAGCAUCUUCUGGCCAUGAAUUGUUAUUCAGAGACACAAGAGAAAUGCUCUGAUUUUUGAUUAUCGAGGGGGAAAUUGAAGCCAUACUAAACAGCUUGCAUGCAGUUCUUCUUUUUUUUACACUUUCUCCUAGUAUUUCUACACUUCUUUUUGUGCCAUUUUAGAAAUCUGCUUGGCAAGAAGCACCCAAAGAGCAGCAGAAGAGAGAUUCUGGGAUAUUUUAAUGGGACGUGUGCAUCAUUAAAAAAAUGGGAUUUGUCACAACACGUUGCCGAUUUCUUUUUAUAAUUUACAGCAGAAAUCACCAAUCACGCAGUAACGGAGAAAUAGUUUUUAAUGAUCUUGCUCACAUGAAGCAUAGAGAUAUGAUUUCUCUGGUUAAUUUACCUCUCUUCUCUCAGAUGAAGCUAGCUGACAUUUUAACAGCUGUAGUUUGUUUUGGUGCUGAGAAAUCAUAGCUGAGCUUCACAAAGAUGAGACCGCCCUUUAAAAAUACUGAAGGAAGGAGGAGUCCAUUGUUCUUCCAUCGUCAUCAGAUACAUGUUACAGAUGUGAAGGGAUUUUCCAUAUUUGUAAAAUGUAUGUAGCCAAAUGAAGUGAUCAAUAAAAAUAACAAGCUGA